GCAUGGAGGACAAGGCCCAGACCCAGGAAGCCCUCAAGACCCAGGGAGAGCUGGUGAGGAGGCUGAAGGCGGAGAAGGCCAGCAAACACCAGUGCUAGGGUUGCUUACCACUUUUCUCCUGUUCUUCCUGCCUGACUCUCGAUGACCUCUGCCUCACCCUUCAUCGUCACCAUCAUCUACCUCGCUUUCUCCAAACCCUCCUGGACGUCAUUGCUCAACUCUCUUCCUGAUUCUACUUCGACUGACCCUUCUGAUUGGCUGCUGUGGCUGACCCUGUACAAUACCACGGACAUUGCUGUACCCAUGAUGCACUCCUGAACUUUUUCCUGUCCAAUUUCUGGACUUGUUAAUUUUUUUAUUUGUCUGUGCUGUGGACUGAACAUGCUGGGCAUGUUUUGUGUUCGUGCUGGCUCUGGUCUGAUGGGCUUCCGGGCUGCACCACGUGUCCGAUCUCUGCAUUCUUUACCUGGGAUCACUGUGGCUCAGAUUGAUGAAGAGGUAGCCAAACUGCUGGCGCUGAAAGCUCAGAUAGGAGGAGACGAUGGCAAACAUCAGUUUGUCCUCAAGACGGCAAAGGGAACGAGGGACUACAACCCCAAGCAGAUGGCCAUCAGAGAGAGAGUCUUCAGCACCAUCAUCGGCUGCUUCAAACGCCACGGAGCAGAAACCAUAGACACACCUGUUUUUGAACUGAAGGAAACGUUAACAGGGAAGUAUGGAGAGGAUUCCAAGCUCAUCUACGACCUGAAGGACCAAGGAGGAGAGCUGCUGUCCCUCAGAUAUGACCUCACUGUGCCCUUUGCCCGCUACCUGGCGAUGAACAAGAUAACCAACAUCAAGCGGUACCACAUCGCUAAGGUCUACCGCCGCGAUAACCCAGCUAUGACUCGCGGACGCUACAGGGAGUUCUACCAAUGCGACUUUGACAUAGCAGGGCAGUAUGACGCCAUGAUUCCAGAUGCAGAGUGUCUGAAGAUUGUCCAUGAGAUCCUCAGUGGGCUGGACCUCGGAGACUUCCGGAUCAAGGUCAACGACAGACGCAUUCUUGAUGGGAUGUUUGCUGUGUGUGGUGUUCCAGAUGACAAGUUCCGCACCAUCUGUUCAACAGUGGAUAAACUGGACAAGAUGCCCUGGGAGGACGUGAGGAAGGAGAUGGUGAAUGAGAAGGGCCUGUCAGAGGAGGCAGCAGACCACAUUGGGGAAUACGUCAGUUUACAAGGUGGAAUGGACUUAGCAGAGCGCCUCCUUCAGGACCAGAAGAUGUCUCAGAGUAAGCAGGCCUGUGCUGGUCUGUCGGACAUCAAGCUGCUCUUCAGCUACCUGCAGCUCUUCCAGGUCACAGACAAGGUGGUGUUUGACCUCAGUCUGGCUCGGGGUCUGGACUACUACACAGGAAUCAUUUACGAGGCGGUGCUGACUCAGGCGGGUGUGUCCAGCGAAGCCCAAAACGGGGCACCCGCAGAGGAGAGUGUGAGCGUGGGCAGCGUGGCGGGCGGCGGCCGAUACGACGGCCUGGUGGGCAUGUUUGACCCCAAGGGGAGGAAGGUACCGUGUGUGGGCGUCAGCAUCGGCAUCGAGAGGAUCUUCUCCAUCAUGGAGCAGAAGGCUGAGGCCUCAGCAGAGAAGGUCCGCACCACUGAGGUUCAGGUCAUGGUGGCGUCGGCUCAGAAGAACCUGCUGGAGGAAAGACUCAAACUGGUCACUGAGCUCUGGAAUGCUGGCAUUAAGGCAGAGGUGAUGUACAAGAAGAACCCCAAACUGCUGAGUCAGCUGCAGCACUGCGAGGAGUCUGGGAUCCCCCUGGUGGCCAUAAUGGGAGAACAGGAGCUGAAGGAUGGAGUGGUGAAACUCCGCGUCGUGGCCACCAGAGAGGAGGUCGAUAUCUCCAGAGCAGCUCUUGUAGAUGAGAUCAGGAGGAGGACCUCUGAGGCCUAGUCAUUCCCUUCUGUUCAGCUACCACCACAUCCACCUGGUCGCCUCAAACAGACACUCUGCAGAGUCUGUGUUGUGUUGCACUCUUACACACUGCAACAGAGCAACUAGCCAAAGUCUACUGGAGGUGUGAACAUGAAGAGCUUCUUAAAAGGAACACUGUCAUAUAAACACCAUCUAGAAUCAUUUGUUCUGGUUUACGUGUAAACGACACCUUUUUGCUUUCAGUGUCAACAUUGUAUAAUAGUGAGGAACAAACCAUUAAUGUUAACUAUUUAGGUGAAGAGGUCAGAGUUUCUUAUUCUCCAUUAUGCGUCUGGAGAUCAGUUUGGACUUUAAUCAGAUUCAUUAGAUAAAUCUUUUUGUUCAUCUGUCCAGGACCAAGAUCACAGACUCUGUUAGACAUUUACUUCCUACCUGAACCCAUCACAUGAUUGGCUGCAACUCAUACCAACAAGGCUCAUGUCUACCUGUAUCAAACAUGGCUGUACUGUCCAGUGUCUGAAAUAAACUCAUCAUUCUGCUCAAUACAAAAAAAA